CAGUCGCUCUGCUGCCACAUGCCAUAGUCCGGGGAGGAGAGAAGGGAGAGAAAAAGGCGCUGCUUCGGCGGAGGGAUACAGCGCGCGGUAUAAAAGCUUCCUGGAGCAGCCUCACACCUACAGCAUUUUGGGGCGAAGCGCAGAAGGAGCGAGAGCACUCAGAAGCCGCCAGCCCGCCUGCUCGUCGCACCUCCGCCCGUGCACAGACCGUCGCCAGCCACAAUGGCCGAUCAGCUGACCGAAGAACAGAUUGCUGAAUUCAAGGAAGCCUUCUCUCUAUUUGAUAAAGAUGGUGACGGCACCAUCACAACAAAAGAACUGGGGACUGUCAUGAGGUCGCUGGGUCAGAACCCAACAGAAGCAGAAUUACAAGACAUGAUCAAUGAGGUAGAUGCUGACGGCAACGGCACUAUUGACUUCCCGGAAUUCUUGACCAUGAUGGCCAGAAAAAUGAAGGACACAGACAGCGAGGAAGAAAUUCGUGAGGCGUUCAGAGUCUUUGAUAAGGACGGCAACGGAUACAUCAGUGCGGCUGAACUACGUCAUGUUAUGACAAACUUAGGAGAAAAGCUAACGGAUGAAGAAGUAGAUGAAAUGAUCAGAGAAGCAGAUAUCGAUGGGGAUGGGCAAGUGAACUAUGAAGAAUUCGUACAGAUGAUGACUGCAAAAUGAAGAGACCUCCUUUCACCUUUUUUUUCCUCUAGAAGAAUCAAAUUGAAUCUUUUACUUACCUCUUGCAAAAAAAAAAUGUUCAUUUAUUCAUUCUGUUUCUGUAUAGCAAAACUGAAUGUUGAAAUACCUUCUGUCCACAAACUGCAUGUAAUGGUUGGUGGUCCUGUUCCCCCCCAAAAAAGAUCAAGUUAAACAUCAAGUUUUUUUCCCCAGUAUAAAUAAUUGUACUACCUUUAAAAUAAGAAAGCACUUAGAGAACUCCUCAAAAGUUCCAUUUGCUAAUGACUAUUACACUGUUUGGGCUCGCCAGUUUUUCAUGCAUGCAGCUUGACAAUUGAGCACAGUCAGACAUUUGUAUUAAAAAAAACAGUUUUAAAAAAACCCAGAAAAAGAAACACAAAUCUUAAAAAAAAAAUAAUCCACUGUUUUGUCCAAAAGUGGAUUCUGGCUCAAUUUGUAGUGAUAAAUUGUCAUAGCUGGUUUACUUUUCAAAAUUGGUUUAUACCUCAGGAUGGUAUGCAGCAAAACUGGUUGAAGGGAUGCAAAGUGUUUAGAGGGAAUCCCCCCCCCCCGAAGGUGGAAAGAUUCUCUUGUCUGUCGUAGCAGUGUCCCCCCUUCCCCAAAAUGAUGGAAAUUAUAGGUGGCAUGUAUGUGUUACAUUGGUUUUAAUUUUGUCUGCAUUGCACUAUUGUGAAACGGGUGUCAGGCUGUUAACCGUUCACAAAAUUUUUAAAAGGAGACCUUCACUGGGGUGGGGGAAAGGAAAGCCUCUUUGGACAACACUCUCAUUUUUUUAAAAAAAAACCUUCUGUACCAAGACUUGGAGUUGGCAGAGAAGCCUGUGGACUUCAGCACAAUUAUCAACAUCGCUGUUCAAAAUAUUUACAGUUUAUGUCCAUUCCAAGUUGUAAAUGCUAGUCUUUUUUUCCAAUAAAAGACCAUUAACUUAAA